CCCCCUUGUCGCAACUAUAGAGGCGCGCGCACCCACCUUGGCGGUAAGCGAGACGACAACGUUUGUGAAAAGAGAUGGCAGCUCGACCCCAAACCAUUCGUUUCAUUCAAUGAAUUGAAAAGACGCGUCAGGAGGCGAGAAUGGAGGCAGGAGGAAGAUGAUGUUCUUGCCGCCAUGACGGACUGCUGACCAUCAAGGCAAUCAUGCCGGUCCGGAGGGGUCACGUGGCGCCACACAACACCUUUCUAGGAGUGAUCAUUCGCAAAUUCGAAGGACAAAACAAAAAAUUCAUCAUCGCUAAUGCACGUAUGAAAAAUUGUGGCAUCAUCUAUUGCAACGAUGGUUUCUGCAAGAUGACCGGAUUCUCCCGGCCAGAUGUCAUGCAGAAACCGUGCACGUGUGACUUCCUGCACGGCCAAUUCACCAGCCGACACGCCAUCGCCCAAGUGGCCCAGGCCCUACUGGGCUCGGAGGAACGCAAGGUGGACAUCACGUACCACCGCAAGGAUGGAUCCAAGUUCCUCUGUAUAACACAUAUCAUCCCAAUGAAGAACGAGGAGGGCGUGGUCAUGAUGUUCAUCCUCAACUUUGACUACAUUCUGGAGAAGGGCAGUCGUGACUCACUGGAGAAGAUAGACCAUGCCUCUCCUACCAAAGCAGACCCACGAAAAGGGAGAUUCUUCCAUUUUCGUUUCCCGGUUUUAACGCUUUUGGGGAUUGGCAAGCAAUCCCUGCCCCAAGAAGACCCCAAUGCAGUGAUGGUGGACUCCCCACGGCACAGCAAUAGCUCAGCGGCAACACGUGACUACCAACUCCCAAACACUCGCAAGAGAUGCAGUCUCUCGUACGCCAAUGACACUCGCUCCCUAAUCGCUCAAAGUCAACUUUCCACACCUCUGUCCGGCCCUUUGGAUCACUCAUCACCAAAAGUUCCUUGGGACAAAUUAUCUUCAGAUCAGGCUGUUGUCCAGACCCACAAGAAGAACCAGGAGGACAUGGCAGUUGCUGAUUCAUCCAUCCCAGGCAACACUCAAACUGCAUCCAGAGAGAGAGUAUGUCGGAUUCGUAGAGCCUCUUCCCUACAUAACAUGGACAGGUUUAGAUUCAACUCCAAGACCACCUUCAGGGAUCGGCAUGCCAGUGAAGACAAUGGCCGCAACAUCAAAGUGUCGCGCUCCUGGAUUGCUGGCGGGCCACUCAGAAGGAUCAAAUCAAGUCUGCUCGGCUCUACUUCCGACUCCAACCUCAACAAGUAUAGUGCAAUCAACAAGAUUCCACUCAUCACACUUAACUUCUCGGAGGCCAACAAUGAGAAGAAGUACUCCUCCCCCUCGUCUUCUGAGAAAACCAUUAUUGCAGCUAAGGUCAAGGACCGCACGCAUAAUGUCACGGAUAAAGUCACGCAGGUUCUUUCGCUGGGUGCUGAUGUGCUGCCUGAGUACAAGCUUCAAACACAAAGGAUGGACAAGUUCACCAUACUUCACUACAGCCCCUUCAAAGCUGUGUGGGACUGGCUCAUCCUACUGCUGGUUAUUUACACCGCCAUUUUUACACCCUACUCCGCCGCCUUCCUUCUCAACGACCUGGAGGAGCAGAUAAGGCAGGAAUGCGGUUACUCCUGCUCUCCGCUUAAUGUCGUGGACUUGAUCGUGGACAUCAUGUUCAUCGUAGACAUCCUCAUAAACUUCAGGACCACAUACGUCAACAUCAACGAGGAGGUGGUUAGCCACCCGGGCAAGAUAGCCAUCCACUACUUUAAAGGCUGGUUCCUCAUAGACAUGGUGGCUGCCAUCCCCUUUGACCUGCUCAUCUUUGGAUCGGGAUCAGAUGAGACCACCACCCUGAUUGGUCUCCUAAAGACGGCCCGCCUCCUGCGACUGGUACGAGUUGCACGCAAGCUGGACCGUUACUCGGAGUACGGCGCUGCCGUGCUAAUGCUGCUAAUGUGUAUCUUUGCCCUCAUCGCUCAUUGGCUGGCUUGCAUCUGGUAUGCCAUUGGAAAUGUGGAGAAACCUUACUUGGAGCACAAGAUUGGCUGGCUGGACAACCUGGGCGUGUCCAUAGGGAAAGUGUACAACUACAGUGACCCAAGCUCAGGGCCGUCCAUCAAAGACAAGUACGUCACGGCACUAUACUUCACCUUCAGCAGUCUGACCAGCGUUGGCUUUGGCAACGUCUCCCCUAACACCAACUCGGAGAAGAUCUUUUCUAUCUGCGUCAUGCUCAUUGGAUCUCUCAUGUACGCAAGCAUCUUCGGGAAUGUGUCGGCCAUCAUCCAGAGGUUGUAUUCCAGUACUGCCCGUUACCACCUCCAGAUGCUUCGCGUCAAAGAAUUCAUCCGCUUCCACCAGAUCCCAAAUCCGCUCAGGCAACGGCUCGAGGAAUACUUUGAGCACGCCUGGACGUACACCAAUGGCAUAGACAUGAAUAUGUUCCUGAAGGGUUUCCCAGAGUGCCUACAGGCAGACGUCUGCCUUCACCUCAACAAAAACCUCCUGCAGGACUGUAAGGUGUUUCGUGGUGCCACCAAAGGUUGCCUUCGGGCUCUGGCCUUGAGGUUCAAGACCACACAUGCGCCCCCAGGAGACACACUGGUCCACAGCGGAGACGUACUCAGUGCGCUGUAUUUUGUCAACUGUGGCUCCAUUGAGAUCCUGAAAGACGAUGUAGUCGUCGCCAUCUUAGGCAAGAACGACAUAUUUGGUGAGAUGAUCCAUCUCUACACCAAGCCGGGGAAAUCGUGUGUUGAUGUGCGAGUGCUGAGCUACUGCGACCUGCACACCAUCCAGCGAGAGGAGGUCUUGGAGGUGCUGGAAAUGUAUCCAGAGUUUGCUGACCAUUUUGUCACUAACCUGGAGUUGACCUUCGACCUCCGAGAUGAAAAUGCCAAGACGUCGUCCCCACAAGAGACUGAUUCCUACAUGGAUGCCAUGAUGAGUCAAAGGAGAGCGUCCUGCACUAAGAAGUCGGUCUCUGGUUGGCAGCACGAGGAGCCUACAGCCACGUGCUGUAACGCCAACCAACGGGAAGUCAUGUACUCCUCCACCCCCACAGCCAAGCAGGACAAAGAGGAGAACCAGACGCUGGUCAGCGGUGAGGAGGAAAACGAUCAGAACCCAUUGUGUUCCGGUGCGCUGGGCUACCCAGUGGUUCGGGACCACUGGUCGGGCUUUGGGUUUGGCAACACCCAGAACCACUCAAAAGAGCUGCCUGCAGACGAGGGGACGUAUUCAGCUUACAGUGUCGAGGGGGAAGUACCGUCACCCUGUCAAGCCAUGCCAGCGAGGAAGGGCAGCGGCGACACAGACCUCAACUAUAUAGAGGUGGAGCAAAGGCUGGACCUGCUGCAGCACCACCUCAACAGGCUGGAGUCCCAGAUGACAACAGACAUCCAAGCCAUCCUCCAAAUCCUCCAGAGGCAAAGCACAGCUGGUCCUCCUUCCUACAGCACCGUUAGCUCCAGCCCCGAGUACCAGAGGCCAACCAUCAGGGUGCAGCCAGCGUCGGCCACACAGGCGGACCUCAACCUAAGUCGUGCUCUGGUAGACUAGACAGCACACGGCCAUGAGGCCUCUGACAUCAUUUGAAGUUGAAUGAUUUUUAGUCGCUCUCUCUUUGGGUCCUGGUGUGUUAAAGGUCAGAUUGUAAGAAACCUUCACAUUCCUGAUCCACAGAGUCUUCCAGAAGAUUACUGGACUAUCAGGAUGAUGAACAGAUAGUCCCACUUGGAAACAUCAUUAGUUCUGUUGAACUACACAAAUGCCAAAGUUGUCUUCAGAUCGACAAUUCACUGCCUAGCAGCGUGGUAUCAUCAUCUGCUUCUGACCCGGGCUUCCUGGGAGGUAUAGUAGUUCUUUGUAACCUCCUAAAACAACAGACUUUCUCUCAAGCUUGACUCAGGGUCUAAAGAUGACUGAAUAUGCAAUUGAACAAAAAAAACUUGAUUCCGUUCUUUUUCUCCAGCCGUUCCUGAUGACCAAUAUGUAUGUCUUCUACUAUAUAUAUAUAUAUAUAUAUAUAUAUAUAUAUAUAUAUAUAUAUAUAUAAUAUGUAUACAUUACACACAGUAUUUGAUCGUGUAGUAAGUUUACCCUUACAAAGACUUGGACAAACUUUAUUGAUCCUUAGGGAAAUUGUUUGACACAGUAGCUUACUUACAAGAGACAAUGACAACCAACACUUUGAAAGACUGUAAAAAGGAGGAAGAAAUAAUAAAAAUAUAAUAGACAACAUCAACAAAAAAGUGAUAGUAUAUAAGCAGCAGCAAUACAAUGGGAUGACUAAAAAUGUUAUUAUAAGUAAAUACAACGUAUUAAUACACUAAAAACGAAGAAAGGUGUGGUAAUGUUAAACAGUGUAGUAAUAAACCAGUAUUCACUAUUACACAUACUUGCUAACCUUGAGACCUCCGAAUUCGGGAGAUGGGGGCGGGUUGGUGGUAGCGGGGGCUGUAUAUUGUAGCGUCCCGGAAGAGUUAGUGCUGCAAGGGAUUCUGGGUAUUUGUUCUGUUGUGUUUAUGUUGUGUUACGGUGCGGAUGUUCUCCCGAAACGUGUUUGUCAUUCUUGUUUGGUGUGGGUUCACAGUGUGGCGCAUAUUUGUAACAGUGUUAAAGUUGUUUAUACGGCCACCCUUAGUGUGACCUGUAUGGCUGUUGAUGAAGUAUGCCUUGCAGUCACUCAUGUGUGUGUUUUAAAACCGCAUAUAUUAUGUGACUGGGUCGGCACACUGUGACGACAGGUUGUAGAUGACGCUAAAGGCAGUGUCCCCAAAAUGUUUGUCCGGGUGGAAAUCGGGAGAAAUUCGGGAGAAUGGUUGCCCCGGGAGAUUUUCGGGAGGGGCACUGAAAUUCGGGAGUCUCCCGGGAAAAUUGGGAGGGUUGGUAAGUAUGAUUACAGUACAGAGAGUGAUUGUACAGCUGGAUGAAGUGGGGAAUGAAGGAGUUCUUGUAGCAUUUACUGCGGGAGCGAAGCUGGAGAAGCCUGAUGGAGUAUAAGCUCCGCUGUCCCUCAAUUGUCUGGUGGAGUGGGUGGGCAGGAUUAAGGGACGACUCAACCUAAGGAGGAGCCCUGGGGAUGAGGGAAUUUUGCCUCAACAACCUUUCCCCGCGCCCAAAAACAGUUAAAAAAAAAAAUUAACAUUUUUGUUCAUGAAUACAUCUCCUUGGCAAAGGGCGCAUGCCUGUCUGUGCGAGUGUAAUAGGAGCCAGUCGAUUUAAGUUAUAAGUAAUGUGCUGGCGAUCCAGGAGACUUUCCGCAUUUUAGCUCAAUAGUAGUACGCUGGUCUUUCACAUGGGCGAUGUAAAAACUAUGCAACAGAGAACAAGUGAGAGAGGGAGAGAGCGUGAACACAUUUGCGAGAAAUCCGUCGAGCUCCUGAUUGCGUGGGGCCCCUGGGCUUCAGCCCAGGUAAGCCCGUGCAUUAAGGCGGCCUUGGUAGGAUUGUUCGGGCCAAUAGUUCGACUCGCUUUCCAAAUCAGUUGGUCCAUCCGACUUAUGUCCAUUUUGCUGGGGCUGUUCCCUUUAGCAAACCACUGCAAAGUACAAAGCACUGGCUACCGCAGACUGGUGAAAAGUCACCAACAGUUUGCUACGCACAUUAAAGGACUUAAGCAUCCUUAGGAAAUAGUCUAAUCAUGCUCUUCUUAUAUACCGCCUUGCUGUUGUCCUUCCAGUCCACAUUGCUGUUCAAGUGGGCGCGUUUCUUGGGAACCGGCACGAUGCAGGAUGUUUUCCAUAGCGCUGGUAUCCUUUUCUAACUUCAGACUCAGGUUGAAGUGUAGGAUCUGAGUCAGACUAGCAGCAGAAGUCCUCAGGAACCAGGAGUUGACACAGUCCAGACCUGCUGACUUAGCUUGGUUGACACUUCUCAGUUGUCGUCUCACCUGGUCAGGUGUCAAGAGUUACAGGACUGGCUUUGUCAGUGGGGAUGGAAGUAGGGGGCAGCCAAGAGUAAUCGUUUGUAGACUCUUUGUAGACAGGGGUGGUGGGAGGAGGACCAGCAGGGAUUGCAGUGUGAAAUCUAUUGAAAAAUGCAUUCUGAAACCCUCUUCUUGCUGCAUGGCCUUGGUGUUAGAGCCAAGAUAGAAAUCCCACUGCCUUUCCUCUUACAGCUCAGGAGGUUGUACAGCCAGGUACAGACGCACUGUGGUCUGCGUGUAGCCAAUCUCUGUAAAGCACAUGAUACAGCUCACGUUCUGACCAUAAGGAACCACAGGCUUGAAUUUUCUUCUUUGCCCUUUCAUCUUUACAACGGCAAUGCAUUGCACGCCCUUUUUCUGUAAUUCCACGGGGAAUGUGCGACUGCGCUCUACACCGCGCUGGAGGUUUGGACAACGCAAGCAGUUUGAUCGCGUAAACUGAGCGCAGCCAAACACAAUUAGACCCCCAAAAAAAGAAAGGUAUCUUGAACACACAAAAACACCCAAGAACCAUGGGAAGUGGUUUGUUAGAUGAAGAUAAGUUAGAAAAAACAGGAACACGUUGAAUAACACACCAGGAAUAAGUCUCUGAUUUAGGCGCACAUCAAAGAUUGUCCUCGUGGUAGAUUUAUCCUAAAAUAAAAUAAACAUGAAAUUAAGGUUAUUAGGAUAGGAUGGCAUAGGAUAUGACAGCAACUUGAGUGUUCCAGGUUUGAUUCCCGCUUCCGCCAUCCUAGUCACAGUCGUUGUGUCCUUGGGCAAGGCACUUCACCCACGUGUUCCCAGUUCUAACCAAUCAAACUGGUUUAAAUGUAACUUAGAUAAUGAGUUUCACUAAGUAAAGCGCUUUGAGUCACAAGAGAAAAUCGCUAUAUAAAUAUAAUUUACACUUCACAUGGGAUUGGAUAGCACUUUUUUUGUCAUUGCACUUCAAAAGUACAACGAAAUUGCAUUUUCAGCACAUACCCGUUGAAAAGCAGACGUACAUUACACAGGGUGACAGGACAGGAGCAGCUAUGGCGGCGCGGCGUAAAAGGUUUGGAAAAUAGUAAACAUGAGGGGAAGAGGGACAAGCGGUAGGAAAUGGAUGGAUGAGGGGAAGAGAAGGACGAAAAAAUCAAGUCCCAAACUAAACUUCUGGAGGUGGGGGUGUUUAUUAAGAGACCAGGAAAAAAAACUCUAUAGCAAAGCACAUAAACAUAUUACGACAUACAACUGGAGACUUGCAAUAGGGGCAAUUUGAAUUUGAUUGAGAUUAGUAAGUAUUUGAUGUUGAGCAGCAGUCAUUGUGACCCAACUUAAAACACACAAAUGAGUCCUUUGCCUUCAAGAGAGUACUUCUAAUAAUUAAUUACGGGCAUAAAAUACACCUGUCACACAAACAUUAGCUUCCAUUCAAACCUCUACACCACCAUGGGCAAGACCAAAGAGCUGACCUCAAGGACAUAAUUGUACCAUUGCACAAGACUGGAAUGGACUACAAGUUUGACAAUAAACUCCUGAAUGAGUCACACAAGGAAAAUGUAUUGAGGUCACAGGACAACAAAAUAGAGUUGUUUGGCAUCAAGUGGACUGGUCCUGUUUGUAAAGAAAUGAUAAUAUGAAUCCAACAACAUCAUCACUACUGUCAAACAUGGAGGUGCAAACAUUCUGUUCUCCAACCAAAGUCCCUCCUGGCAUUUGAUUGAUUGAAACGUGUAUUAGUAGAUUGCACAGUAUAGUACAUAUUCCGUACAAUUGACUACUAAAUGGUAACACCCCAAUAGGUUUUUCAACUUGUUUAAGUUGUUUAAGUUUGAUUCAUGACACAGAUACAGUAUAUACUAUCAUAAUACAGUCAUCUCACAAGUUAAUCAUCAGAGUAUAUACAUUGAAUUAUUGACAUUAUUUACAAUCCGGGGGGCGGGAUGGGGAGGGAGUUGGGGCGGAGGGGUUAGGUUUGGUUGUUAUCAGCACUUCAGUCACCAACAAUUAUAUAAUCUGACAUUGAAACAGUGUAGGUCUGACUUCAUAGGAUAUGUACAGCAAGCUGUGAACAUAGUGAGCUCAGAAAGCAUAAGAACAAGUACCGUAUUUUUCGGGGUAUAAGUCGCACCUGCCGAAAAUGCAUAAUAAAGAAGGAAAAAAACAUUAUGCAACUUUCAUAAACUAUGAAAAAAACUGCGACUUAUAGUCCGAAAAAUACGGUAUAUACAUUUGAUUAUUUACAAUCCGGGGAGGGUGUUAGUCUUGGGUUGUAGUUGACUGGAGGUGUUCUUUUAGUGCGGUUUUGAAGGAGGAUAGAGAUGCACUUGUUUGCAACCCUGCUUACCGACCAUCAGAACAACUUCAAACACACUACAAGUACAACUACAAGAAACAAGUACCACAACUACAACAAACUACAAGUAUCCAUCCAUCCAUUUUCUACCGCUUAUUCCCUUUGGGGUCGCGGGGGGCGCUGGAGCCUAUCUCAGCUACAAUCGGGCGGAAGGCGGGGUACACCCUGGACAAGUCGUGCUACAAAUACAAGUACAGAACUACUACUACAAGUACUGCAACUACUGUGCUAGAAACUACAGGUACACUACUAAAGAUACAAGAAAGUACAUGUACAGUACUACAAGAAAGUACA